AUGGUCGCCAUCGCGCCCACCGCGCUCGCUGGGGUGAUCCCGUCGAGCUCGCUUCGCUCGAGGGCGCUCGGCGCCUCGCGAUCGCGCGUCCUCGCCGGCGGGGGGAAGAGAUUUCCGGCGCCAAACCAACAUCGUGGCGUGAACCGCCGGGCCGGGGUCUCGACGGUGGCGGCGUGGGGCAGCCAGAAGUACGUCGAGCACCUGAUUCAACCCGGCGACAGCUUGUGGAAGAUCGCGAUGGACUACAACUCCACCGUGGACGAGAUUCGAGCCGCCAACGGGGUGAAGGACAAGGCUGGGAUGAUCUACGAGGGGAAGACGUUGAGGGUGCCCGUGAACACUAUCCAACAAUCGAACGCCACCCCAGUCGCGGACCCGGUCAAGACCCUGGUCCCCCCGAAGAAGCCCCGGAACCUGUUCGCGAAGGAAGAGCCCGUCUUCGGUCCCGCGCCGACGGCGCCCCCGAAGAAGAUCGAGCGCAAGGCCGAGGAACCCAAGGCGAACAAGGCCGAGCCCGCGCCGAAGGAAACCAAGAAGCCGACGAAGAAUAAGAAUGUUGGCGCCCGCGGCGACAUACCGAGCAGGGACGCGCAGAAGGGCCAGGAGGCGUGGCGCGCGCCGUUCCAGCACAUGGCCAAGGGGAAGAUCACCCCGCUGACCAAGACGGACGUGGAGUCGCUCCUGCCCCGCAAGGUGUUCCUCGGCGUCUCCCCCGCGGGUGACGCAUCGGCGCCGAGAGACGCGGACGUCCUGCUUUUGGUGGAGGUGCCCGACUCGGACGCCUGCAUGGCCGCCUACCCGACGUGGAAACAACUCGCCGAGCGACUCGGCCGGUCCGCACCGAACGUUCGGGUCUGCGCGUUCAGCGCGGAGACGGACGCGGCGAAGCAGUGGGCCGGGCGACACCUCGCCGCGACGUCGCAUCCGACGUUUGUCGCGAUGCCGAGGGCGGGGGGCGUGUACAAGUUCGGGGGCGAGACGGCCACGCUCGAGCUCCUCAAGAAGUUCGCCGACGAGGCGUUCAAGAAGCAGAACAGGAGGAACGACAAGAACGAGCUCAACAAGUCUCCGGUCGCGACGCAUCGUGGGGGAAGGACGCGGCACCCGAUGGAUAAACCGCACGCCAGCAGCGAAUACUACCGGGGCAUCGGCACCACGGGCGGACCCGUCGGCGCCGUGGUGGACGCGAGCGUGCAGGGCGCCGCAAACGUCGCGAGGAUGGCGGCGCCGCUCGCCAUCAUAUCCCUCGUCGUCGGGUUUUUCAUGGCCACCGCGCUGAGGAUCCUGGACUUGGCGUUUGGCGAGAGUUCGGCGAAGGUUGCCGGGUCGGCGGUUGGUGGGUCGGCGUCCGCCGCAGCCGCGAGACUCGCGGCCGUCGUCGAGGAAUCCGGCGACGCGACGACGUACCCGGGGACGCCGGUGGACAGCCGCGGCCGGGCCAUCGCGCCGGGCGCUGCGGCGAGGCGGAGCAGCGUCGAGGCGCAGACGAGGCUGGCGAGGGAACGCGCGGCGGCGAGGGAGAUGCGGGCGAGGGCGGCGCUGAGGGACGAGGACGCUAUUCCGUCGGGGGCGUCGGCGGCGAAGCUGAUUGAGUGGAUCAGGGUCGUGGAGUCGGAGAUGCGGGACCUGUGGAGGCGCUUCGUCUUCCUGUUCUGGGCGUGGAUCAGGCUGCAGCGAAGGCUGCUCCUGGCCAGGUUCAAACCGGAAGGAGGGCAGGACUCGUGA